AUGGACAUACUGUCAGAUGAGAUCGAAUCUGUCCUCUUCGUGUCAAGAGAGGUAAUGGUAUAUCAAGUACCACCCCGUACAUCUGCUUCAGGUUAUAAAGCUGCAGAUUGGAAUGUAGAAGCGUUCAUGUGGAAAGGUAGGUUGAGAGUGUUAGAAAUCGGAUCAAAAUGUGAGAUACGAUUAGAAGAUUCUAGCUCGGGAGAACUAUUCGCUCAGGUCAAUUAUACAACUCCUUGGAGUCAAGUAGAGCCUGUAUUAGAUAGUUCAAGGUAUUUCGUACUUAGAGUAGAAGGUGAAGGUGGGAAAAGAGCUUAUAUAGGAAUGGGAUUUCAAGAAAGAGGAGAAGCAUUUGAUUUUCAAGUCGCCCUUCAAUCCGUCUCUAAAAGAUCGUCCAACCCUUCAUCAUCAUCAGAUCCUUCUCAACCACCUAAACCAGCAGCUCCACCUAAAGAUUACUCACUGAAGGAAGGUCAAACGUUCAAGAUCAACAUUCCAGGCCGAGAGAACAAGAAGAUAACUCCACCAUCAUCAUCAUCAUCAGGAGGAAGUGGUGGCGGUGGAUUAUUCAGUUUACCGCCUCCUCCUCCCCCAGGUAGAAAACGAUGA